GAUGUUUGUACAGAACUUAAUGCAUUAAGUGGUCAACGAAGCAGUGAUUACGUGUUUAAUGCAUCCAUAAAUGCAUAUUCACGCUCUGUAUGGUGUAACAAGACCCAAGUUCUCACGAACAUGUGGCAGGAGUUAAUUACUCUCUACGUUCUUUAUAAAAAUGAUACCUUCAUGGAUAACAGGCCAGUCAGUGGUGUGUUAUCAUCAAAUAUGAUGCUUCAAGACAUUAGAGUUUGUGCUUUACUUAUUGUAUUUCUCUAUGGAUUUAUCGGUGGUUCCUACAGUGAGCCCGCAUUUCGACGGCAUCGCACGCUUAAUUAUCAAUUGAGUAGUAAUAAUAAUAAUCACAAUAAUGAUAAUAAUAAUCAUAAUUCUAAAAGUUUUGAUAAGGCCAAUGAUAGUAAAGUGACAGUUGAUUGCGUGGGAAGUCGUGCUGAUUCACCAGAGUGCAAAUUGCUCGUUAAAAGUCGUAAUGAUACUAUUGGGAGUAACGGAACGAUUGACAGAUUUAAGGACAGUAAUGAGGAGGAUUCAGAUCAAAACCAAUCUUUGAUUGCUGAGGUGUUUGGUGAUGGUGAUGAUAGUGCUCUUGAAGAAGGUCGAGGAAGGAAAAAGAAAAAAGGUAAGGCAGGAAUAUUUUUCAUGGUAGCAGCAGCAAUGAAAGCAACAUUAUUGUGGGUAAUGGUGCACGCAACGGCACUUCUUGCCGGUAAAGCGUUCGUCAUUGCAAAAAUAGCUCUAGCCUUAGCCGCAGCAGUCGCGCUCAAGAAAUCCCUCGAUCACGGUGAAAAAACUUCCUAUGAGAUAAUAAAACACCCUCAGCACAGUUACGCUUCCUCACAUAGCUCAAGUAUCGAUUACGACCAUCAUGGCGGAUUCGAGGGUCAUCGCAGAAGGAGAUGA